AUGUUAAUCAACACUUGGGGAUUAGGCCAGGGUGUAACAAGCUUGGGUCUGAUUGUUAAUAUCCUCAACAUCAUCAUCUUUAUCCGACAAGGUUUUAAGGAGUCCGUCAAUGUGAGUCUCUUCUUACUCACCAUAUCUGAUCUAGGCUCACUUGUGUUUGUGUUUUUUCUCAAUCUAGUCACCACCGGAACGACAGCUUGGAUCGCUAUGGAGCGAUGUUUGUGUAUUAUCACCCCUUUGAAAGUUAAGUCCCUUAUCACUAGCAGGAGAACUGUCGUUUUCGUUUGUGUGUUGUAUUUAAUCUCUACAGCUUCAU